AUGGCUUCUUGCAUGUGGCUCAAGAGUGCCUGUGGUGGUGGCAGUGGGAAGAAGCCGACGCCGCGGGACGUGCCGCCGGGGCACUUGGCGGUGAUGGUGGGAGAAGAGGCAAAGAGAAGGUUUGUGAUAAGGGCUGAUUACCUUAACCAUCCCUUGCUUCAAAAACUUUUAGACAAUUAUGAAGGUUGUGGCUUCAACAAAAGUGGCCCUCUUGCUAUACCUUGUGAUGAGUACCUUUUCCAAGAUAUUAUCCAGGCCCUUCGAGAUGGAUCAUCCUCUCCUCACGGGCCCCUCAAGAAGCUCCAUUUCAAGGACUCUGUGCCCUUACUUCAGGACAAUGAUGGCAAAGGGAGCACCAACAACAACUAAAUGCAGUCAUUAAGUAUAGUAUUAUAUAUUGAUGUGCUUGUAGCAGUUUAAGGAGAAUAAGUUUUAACUCUUUCAUUUCCUGCACUUGCUUACCUUCAGUAUUAGUCCUCAAUAA